GAUGGGAGGCCUAUGCACAUUAAUUGGAAUUAUCCUCUACAUCGGCGCUAUAACUGAAGAAGUAGGUAAUUACAAGCCGAAAUCAGGUCUGGAGGAUCCCAAGUUCACCUACUCAUAUGGUCUAUCUUUUGCUCUGAUUGUUGGCUCGUUCGUUAUGUCGGAGGCAACGGGCGUUCUCAGCGUCUACCUGUACAUAUCGCGAAAUAGACACGCUUACAAGAAAAAGCAGGAGAGAGUUGGUAUGACAGCAAACGAGCAAAGGACUCAGCGCUUCCGACGAAACAAGGGUGAAACGUCUACGACCUCUCCGUCUCAUUCGGAGAGUUACUAUACUUAUACUCCCGUGUCCGAUAACGCUCCAUCAACUAUGAACAGAGACGCUUCUCGGCACACUAUCUCGACGACAGCAGACGUCACUUCCGGUCACCACAUGGUUGAUACCUUACGACGAACGACGCCUGUAUAA